CAGGCUUCCCAUCCCCUCGCGCGGCUCAGAGCACACAGCUCCACCAACCUCACACGGCCUCAGGCCUCAGCCUCCAAAGGGGAGACAGGAGAGAAAGCUAACGCUUCUCUCUCUCUCUCGGUUAAUUGCCUGUCUGCGUGGGAGUUACCUCCACACAGCGCCGUAAAAGCUUCGAGCGAAACCCCACGCACGUACGCAGGCACGCACACGCGCGCCGGCGGGCGGGAGAAGACCAGAGUGUUCUUCUGUUUCAGCUAUGACGACCUGCGCGGAUGACCAGACGGGCUGCGCCUUCUUCGCCCCCUUGCUGUCCUCCAAGGGGGCGGAGGUCGUCAUCUUGGUGGCCGGCGAUGAGGCGGAGGAGCAGCAGCCGGCGCCGGUGCUGACGAGCAAGCCGCCGGGUCGGCUCGCCAAGGCGGUGAACGAAGCCUGGUCCGUUUCUUUGGGCGUCGCGUUCCCGGUGACGCCGUCCAUGUUCACCUGCUCGGCACGGGGCGAGGCGCGGUCCAUUCUUGGCCUCGCAUUCCCGAUGAUACUGACGGGUUUGCUGCUCUAUCUCCGGUCGAUGAUCUCGAUGCUAUUCCUUGGUCACCUCGGCGGGCUGGCCCUCGCCGGCGGGUCCCUCGCCAUCGGAUUCGCCAAUAUUACCGGCUACUCUGUCCUCUCCGGCCUCGCCAUGGGCAUGGAGCCGAUAUGCGGUCAGGCCUUCGGCGCGGGCAAUUACGCGCUCCUGGGCGUCACCAUGCAGCGGACGGUGCUCCUCCUCAUCGCGGCCGCCAUCCCCAUAGGUGGCCUGUGGGUGCAGAUGCGGCCUCUCCUCCUCUUCUGUGGCCAGGACGCCGCCAUCGCGGCGGUCGCCGAGACCUACAUUUUCGCGUCUCUCCCUGACCUCGUGCUCCAGGCAUUCCUCCACCCGGUGAGGAUAUACCUCAGGACGCAAUCCAUCAACCUGCCCCUCACCGUGUGCGCCGGCCUGGCCAUUGCCAUCCACCUCCCCAUCAACUACGUUCUCGUAGUCGUCCUCGGCCUCGGCGUAAAGGCGGUCGCAUUGGCGUCCGUGCUGGCCAACUUGAACCUCGUGCUCUUCCUCCUCGCCUACAUCUUCUUGAAAGGCGUCCACAAGCGCACCGGCGGUUUCCUUCUGUCCGCCGAGAGCUUCCGUGGCUGGGGCGAGCUCAUCAGCCUCGCGCUGCCGAGCUGCGUGAGCGUCUGCCUCGAGUGGUGGUGGUACGAGAUCAUGAUCCUGCUGUGCGGCCUGCUGCUGAACCCGCAGGCGACGGUGGCGUCCAUGGGCAUACUGAUCCAGACCACGUCGCUCAUAUACAUCUUCCCUUCGUCGCUCAGCUUCGGCGUGUCCACCCGCGUGAGCAACGAGCUAGGCGCGGGGCAGCCCGAGGAGGCGAGCCGCGCAGCCACGGUGGGGCUCGUGCUCGGCUUCGGGUUCGGCGCCUUCGCCUCCGCGUUCGCGUUCCUCGUGCGCAACGUGUGGGCGAGCAUGUUCACGGCCGACCCGGCCAUCGUCGCGCUCACCGCGUCCGUGCUGCCCAUCCUGGGCUUGUGCGAGCUCGGCAACUGCCCGCAGACGACGGGGUGCGGGGUGCUGCGCGGCAGCGCGCGGCCCAAGGACGCCGCGAGCAUCAACCUCCGCUCCUUCUACCUCGUCGGGACGCCCGUGGCGCUCGUCAUGGCAUUCUGGUUCCACUUGGACUUCAGGGGCCUCUGGUUCGGUCUGCUCGCUGCGCAGGCCACCUGCACGGUGCGCAUGCUGCUGGUCAUCGGCCGGACGGAUUGGGCGGCCGAGGCCAAGCGGUCCAAGCAGCUCACCGGAGCGGGCGCCGCCAACAUGGAGAGUGACGACAGAGUUGCCGCGGACGAGAAGUCGCGCUUACCCGUCGAUACGGACGUGGAGCGAUCGAGCGAUCACACUGAUCGGUGUUGAACUGCUGACAGCAACAGCGCGAGCCGCAUGCGUAUUGUAGUAAUCUAGCCUCUCUUUUUUUCUUUUUCUUUUUUACCAUUUUUAUUUCCUCCCUCUUUCCAAAUUUCGGCGGGGGAGGAAUCAGAUGCUGACAGAGCGACAAUUUUGUUCUCGGAUGCUAAUUAGCAAUGUAAAGAUUAUGCUGAUUGUUUAUUAGUAGCAUAGAGUUGGAGAAUAUGAGAUACCAAGGAAAAAGAUUAAUUUUGACUCUUUUCACAA